UUCUACCAACAACCGCAUCCUAGUCGAGUCAUAACAAUCUUCCAAAUAUAUCAUUUUGACCAUAGCAUAAGUAAAUUAAUAAUAAAAGGCUGACCAGCCUCUCUUUGGACUCUUGGUUUUCUCGUUAACCUCCAACAAAUUACAAAAUAAGCCGUAGAUGUUUUGUGAAUUAUAUUUUCAUGGAGGAUAACAAGGUUUUCCAACCUCCCGAAGAUUCGGUGAAAAUGGGCGAUUAUGCACCGAAGAGGGGUUUUUGCCCAAAACGACCAUGAUAGAACCGGAAUGAUUCAACUGGCCGAAAAAGCCAGACGAGACGUGAAGUGACAUACAACACCAACGUGGAUACUUGCUGGCUAAUUUGCUAGCAACAGUCCAUAGAUUGCUAGUUCGUCACUAACGUUACAGUACUGCUAGCUAACCAUCUCCUGAUUCGGAUCGAUCAGCUACUGCAGCUAACAUCACCAGCGUUGUUGCUAAUGUUACUUAUACUUAAGCUAGCCUGCUGCCUAAAUUAGCUAGCUUUUUGCCACCAACAACGACGCCAGUUCAUUUUUGGAAUAAUUUUCUGGCAACGCCAGCUACAGUAGGUAGUUAGCAUUUCAGUUCCGUGACUUUAUUGUCGCGAAUAGAGUGUAUUUUUAAUGAUCGUGGGGUAGAAAGGGCAAGCCUAAUUUGCUACUGCCUCGGCAGCUGGAGACGGUUAUCAACAUCUGUACACAGCCGAUGCAAUGUUAGCUGUUUUGGUAGAAGAAUGCUCAUUGGAUGGAUAUUCUGAGGCAGUGGGCCGCACAGAAUAUUGCACCUCUCAGUUCAAAUUGCGGGCCUCAAUAUACAGUACUGUUUUGAUGUGAAAAGUGGCCGUUAAAACACAUCGCUCGCUGGCUGGAAGAUAGCGCACGAAGACGGGCAGCUGAAGCCAUGCAAGCGGCCCAGGUUCAGUACGACUUUUUCAGCGAGGAGAACGCACCGAAAUGGCGGGGGCUGUUGGUACCAUCUCUGAACAAGGUGCUGAGCCAGGUGCAUCCCAAGCUGUCGUCCCAGGAGGAGGCGCUGCAGUACAUCGAGGAGCUCAUCCUGCUACUGCUCAGCAUGCUCUGCCAGGCGCAGCCACGCAGUGUGCAGGACGUAGAGGAGCGAGUACAGAAGAGUUUUCCCCACCCCAUUGAUAAGUGGGCCAUUGCUGACGCCCAGGCAGCAAUCGAAAAGAGGAAGAGGAGGAAUCCACUGGCCCUGCCUGUGGAUAAGAUCCACCCGCUGCUGAAGGAGGUACUAGGGUACAAAAUUGACCACCAAGUCUCGGUGUACAUUGUGGCGGUGUUGGAGUACAUCUCAGCAGACAUCCUGAAGCUGGCAGGGAACUACGUGAGGAACAUUCGCCACUAUGAGAUCUCGCAGCAGGACAUUACGGUGGCAAUGUGUGCGGAUAAGGUUCUCAUGGACAUGUUCCACCAGGAUGAGGAGGACAUCAGUGGUUUCCCCCUGAUGGACGAGGAGCCUUCUGCCAGUGAGGAGCAGACCUACUACGACCUUGUCAAGACCUUCAUGGCAGAGGUCCGGCAGUACCUGCGUGAUCUUAACCUCAUCAUCAAAGUUUUCCGCGAGCCCUUCGCCUCCAAUGCCAUGCUUUUCUCCCAUCACGACGUGGAGAACAUCUUCAGCCGCAUCGUUGACAUCCAUGAGGUCACACUCAAGUUGCUGGGCCUCAUCGAAGACACAGUGGAGAUGACCGAUGAGGGGAGCCCACAUCCGCUGGUGGGCAGCUGCUUUGAAGACCUGGCCGAGGAGCUGGCCUUCGACCCCUACGAGUCGUAUGCUCAGGACAUCCUACGGACUGGUUUCCACGACCACUUUCUCAGCCAGCUGUCCAAACCGGGAGCCGCCUUCUACCUCCAGUCUAUAUGCGAAGGCUUUAAGGAAGCAGUCCAGUACGUCCUGCCCCGGCUGCUCCUGACUCCCGUCUAUCAUUGUCUCCACUAUUUUGAGAUCUUAAAGCAACUGGAGGAGAAGAGCGAGGAUGAGGAAGACAAGGAGUGUCUGAAGCAGGCCAUCACGGCAUUGCUCAACCUACAGAGCAGCAUGGAGAGGAUCUGCUCCAAGAACAUGGCCAAGAGGAGGUUAAGCGAGUCGGCCUGCCGCUUCUACAGCCAGCAGAUGAAGGGCAAGCACCUAGCCAUCAAGAAGAUGAACGAGAUCCAGAAGAACAUUGAUGGCUGGGAGGGCAAGGACAUUGGCCAGUGCUGCAAUGAGUUCAUCAUGGAGGGCACGUUGACACGCGUGGGUGCAAAGCACGAGCGCCACAUAUUCCUCUUUGACGGCCUGAUGGUCUGCUGCAAGUCCAACCACGGCCAGCCACGCCUGCCCGGCGCCUCGUCUACCGCUGAGUACCGCCUCAAGGAGAAGUUCUUCAUGCGCAAGGUGCAGAUCAAUGACAAGGACGACAAAGAGGGCGAAUACCGGCACGCCUUCGAGAUCAUCCUUAAGGACGGCAACAGUGUGGUGUUUGCUGCCAAGUCGGCUGAGGAGAAAAAUGGCUGGAUGGCUGCACUCAUCUCCCUGCAGUACCGCUCAACGCUGGAGCGCAUGCUGGACUCUGCUAUGCUGCAAGAGGAGAAGGAGGAGCAGAUGAGGCUGCCUGGGGCAGAGCUCUACCGGUUUGCCACGCCUGACUCCGAGGAGAAUGUGGUGUUCGAGGAGAACGUGCAGUCCAAGUCAGGCAUUCCCAUCAUCAAGGCGGGCACGGUACUCAAGCUUAUCGAGAGGCUUACCUUCCACAUGUAUGCAGAUCCCAAUUUCGUCCGAACAUUUCUAACAACGUACAGGUCUUUCUGCAAACCUCAGGAGCUGCUGGGCCUUCUCAUGGAGAGGUUUGAAAUUCCCGAGCCCAAGCCCACAGAGGCAGACCAGAUGGCUAUAGAGAACGGAGACCAACCGCUCAGCGCUGAACUGAAGCGAUUUCGUAAGGAGUUUGUCCAGCCAGUCCAACUCAGAGUACUGAAUGUAUGCCGCCAUUGGGUGGAACAUCACUUCUAUGACUUUGAGCGGGAUGGCCAGCUGCUCAAACGUCUGGAGGAGUUCAUCGCGUUGGUGAGAGGCAAAGCCAUGAAGAAGUGGGUGGAGUCCAUAACCAAGAUCAUCCAAAGGAAAAAGCAGGCGCAGGCCAACGGGCCCAGCCACAACAUCACCUUUGAAAGCUCACCACCGCCCAUCGAGUGGCACCUCAGCAAGCCCGGGCAGACGGACCAGUUUGACCUCAUGACCCUCCACCCCAUUGAGAUCGCCCGUCAGCUCACACUGCUCGAGUCCGACUUCUACAGGGCGGUGCAGCCGUCAGAGCUUGUGGGCAGUGUGUGGACGAAGGAGGACAAGGAGCUGAAUUCUCCAAACCUGCUGCGCAUGAUCCGCCACACAACCAACCUCACACUGUGGUUUGAAAAGUGUAUUGUGGAGACCGAGAACCUGGAGGAGCGGGCGGCGGUGGUGGCCCGCAUCAUUGAGAUCCUGCAGGUGUUCCAGGAGCUCAACAACUUCAAUGGUGUGCUGGAGGUGGUCAGUGCCAUGAACUCUUCACCAGUUUACCGGCUAGACCACACCUUUGAACAAAUUCCAAGCCGACAACGGAAGAUCCUGGAGGAGGCCCAUGAAUUGAGCGAGGACCACUACAAGAAGUACUUGGCAAAACUACGCUCUAUUAAUCCCCCCUGUGUGCCCUUCUUUGGGAUUUACUUGACAAAUAUCCUGAAGACAGAGGAGGGCAACCCAGACUUCCUGAAGAGGCACGGCAAAGAGCUGAUCAACUUCAGCAAGCGACGGAAAGUGGCCGAGAUCACUGGCGAGAUCCAGCAGUACCAGAACCAGCCCUACUGUUUACGUGUUGAGAGCGAUAUCAGGAAGUUCUUUGAGAACCUGAACCCAAUGGAGGACAAGGCAGAGAAGGAGUUUGCUGACUACCUGUUCAACAAGUCGCUGGAGAUUGAGCCUCGCAAUGCCCGGUCGUUGCCUCGAUUUGUGGGGCGGCGCCCCAGCCGCCUUUAUGGAAGCCACGCCCCCGCUUUUAAGGCAAAGAAAUACACCUGCCCGCUUAAGUCGCCAGGUGUGCGCCCCUCCUCGGUCCGCCCGGGUACCAUGCGCCACCCAACGCCACUGCAGAAUGAGCCACGGAAGAUCAGCUACAGCCGGAUCCCCGACAGUGAAACAGAGAGCGUUGCCUCAGCACCCAACUCGCCCCGCACGCCCCUUACGCCGCCCCCGGCCUCUGCCACCUCCAGCUCAACAGACGUCGGGAGCGUAUUCGACUCGCCCCAGGGUCCCUCAAGCCCCUUCCAUUCCAACUGCGACAGCAUUUUUGCCCCGGUCUCCUUACCACACGGCCCACGGUCGUCGUCGGUUUCCUCCAUGGUGAGUUUUCACAGAAGCACUGAAGAAGCCCCCGUCCCCCCGCCCGUGCCCCCUCGCAGACGCCCUGAGUCUGCGCCCGCAGAGUCUUCCCCUUCAAAGAUGAUGUCCAAGCACUUGGACAGCCCUCCGGCUAUCCCCCCGCGGCAGCCUACCACCAAGGCCUUCUCGCCACGCUACUCGCACUCAGCCGAGCGCACCUCAGUGUCAGAGCCACCCGACAGUCCGCCCACCCUUCCACCGCGGGAGCCUGUGAGAACGCCGGACGUCUUCUCCAGUUCCAGUAGCCCAUUACACCUGCAGCCGCCUCCACAGGGCCGUGCCCGCAGCAAUGAACCCACGCUGAGCCAGACCUUCUUUCCUUCCUCGCCAUUCGGCCCACUCACGCCGCCGCCACCCCCCACCCCCUCUCCCUCGCUGGGUUCGCGGAAGCACUUGCCCUCUCCUCCGCUCCUUGGGCCCAGUGGCCCGGACUAUUCUGGUGACUCGGCCCUUCUCCCCCUGGGAGGUUCAGCCGGACCCCCUGUGCCCCCCCGCCAGAGCACCAGCAGUGCCUCCCAAGCCAUCCCAAAGCUCCCCCCCAAAACAUACAAAAGGGAGUCUGUGUCACAUCCUUCUCUUGUCCAUCGGGAUGGCCUCCCUCUGCUGGAGAAUGCCAACCCCUCUUAAAUUGACUUUGUGUGUGAAUUGGGGAGGGAGUAGAGAAGUUGGGCGUUGGGGUUUUGGCUGAAAUUAACUAACACUAAAGACUUCAGACUUGAACAAAAAUGUAAUAAAUUGUUAUGUCAACUUUAAGACGCGCUAAAAAAAAAAGAGUGCCAGCGUAAAUUCUUACCUAGAUGGCAAAAUAAUCAUGUGCCCUUCAAACGAGAGAUGAUUGUCUUUUUUUCAUUCAAGUGCAGACCAUUGGAGAUUGCCUACAAAAAACCCUUCCGGGUGUCUUACUGUUGGUUUCAUUUCUUUGUUGAUUGUUGUGUUUGUUUGUAUGUAUCUUUGUCAUUGUCCAAUGUUUAUUUCAUUUAAAAAAACAUUUUUUUUAAGUGGAUCGGUUGCAACACUGCUUGCCCAUGAGCUUGGUGGACUACCCUUACAUAAACAUGAACCAGGACCACACAGGUCUACUGCACGCAGGAUGAUGGGACGAUAAAGACUGUUGACCAGUUUGAACAGACUCCAACUGAAUAGUGUUGUGACAUAUUGGAAUGUGAUAGGGUUGAACAAUUGACUAAAGUUACCCAUAUUGACCAGAGACAGACCAGAGAGAACUUGAGCCAUUAGGGUGUCGCAAACCCAUUUGACUUACCCAUAACAAAGGACACCGUUCUGUCCACCACAUUCGGAUCGAAAAAGGGACUCUUGUUGUUAAUGUUGUUUUAGGUUUUGUGUAGAGACUCUUAAUCAGAGGCGAGCAAGCGUGUGUGCGUGCCACUAGUUGACUACAGUACCAUGAUUUAAGGUACCUAUCCACACCAAAGAGGUACUUUUCAAGCAUUCAAGAAACACAAGAAGUGAUUGUUCUUUUGUUUGUGUUAGUACUUUUAUCUUAUGAUUAAUUUCUGUUUGGCCAAUGAGUAUGUAAAGAAAAUUAUGAUUGCCUUCUUUAAACAAGGGAAUAAAAGUGUUUCUACCAC